UUUGCCAGAGUCAACUUGAAAAUAUGGGGUUAAACUCUGGUUGGCCAUUUUGAUAUUGAAACCGGGAGUUUUGGAGGUGUGCAGCUAGUAAAAUCAACUCAACCCUGACUUUAGUUAUUAUUAUCAGCUCUGUUUUUUCAUACGCAACAAAGAUUAACACGAUGGUCUCUGUAAAACGGGAGAGAGAACUUGACUUUGAAGACGAUGAAGCUACAGUGCCUGUGAAAGUAGGCCGUUCAUCUGAGGAUCGCAGAAGUCGCCACUGUCCCUACCUCGACACAAUCAAUAGGAGUGUGCUGGACUUUGAUUUUGAGAAGCUGUGCUCCAUCUCGCUCUCCCACAUCAACGUCUAUGCUUGUCUCAUCUGUGGGAAAUACUUCCAAGGCAGAGGUCUGAAGUCCCAUGCCUAUACUCACAGUGUGCAAUUCACCCACCAUGUGUUCCUCAAUCUGCACACACUUAAGUUCUACUGUCUGCCAGAUAACUACGAGAUCAUUGACUCAUCGUUGGAAGACAUCACGUAUGUACUGAAGCCCACAUUCACCAGACAGCACAUCUCUGGAUUGGACAAGCAGGGCAAGCUGUAUCGAGCCUAUGAUGGCACCACCUAUCUGCCUGGUAUCGUAGGGCUCAACAACAUCAAGGCUAAUGACUACGCUAAUGUGGUGCUGCAGGCCCUGUCCAAUGUGCCCCCACUGCGGAACUACUUUCUGGAAGAGGAGAAUUACUGCCGCAUCCGUAGGCCACCUGGUGACAUCAUGUUCCUGCUGGUGCAGCGAUUCGGUGAGCUGAUGCGCAAGCUGUGGAACCCUCGGAACUUCAAGGCCCACGUGUCACCCCACGAGAUGUUGCAGGCUGUAGUGCUGUGUAGCAAGAAGAACUUCCAGAUCACCAAGCAAGGGGAUGCUGUGGACUUUCUGUCCUGGUUCAUGAACGCUCUGCAUGGUGCAUUGGGAGGAACCAAGAAGAAACCUUCAAGCCUCACCAAAGUGUUCCAAGGUUCCAUGCGUAUAUUCUCCAAGAAGCUUCCUCAUCCAGAUUUGCCACCAGAAGAGAAGGUGGCUCUGCUGUUGAAGGAGGAGUACCAGGAGGAGAUGUCGGAGUCCACCUUCCUCUUCCUGACCCUUGACCUUCCCACAGCCCCACUGUACAAGGAUGAGAAGGAGCAGCUCAUCAUCCCACAGGUCCCCCUCUUCAACAUCCUGGCCAAGUUUAACGGCAACACAGAGAAGGAGUAUAAAACCUACAAAGAGAAUUUCCUCAAAAGGUUCCAGUUGCUCAAGCUGCCUCCCUAUCUCAUCUUCUGCAUCAAGAGGUUCACCAAGAACAACUUCUUUGUGGAGAAGAACCCCACCAUCGUCAACUUUCCCAUCACGAACGUAGACCUUCGUGAGUACCUGACAGAAGAGGCACAGGUCACAGAGAAGAACACCACCUAUGACCUGGUGGCCAACGUGGUGCAUGAUGGGAAGCCCACUGAGGGGGCAUACAGAAUGCAUGUCCUGCAUCAUGGCACUGGGAAGUGGUACGAGCUCCAGGACUUGCAGGUGACAGAUAUCCUGCCCCAGAUGAUCACACUGUCGGAGGCCUACAUUCAGAUUUGGAAAAGAAGAGAGAACGAAGAUGACACAACUAACCACACAGGGGCGUGAAUAAGGCAUUGAAAGAUUGAUUGUACAGGAGAGAGAUGUCACAUGCCGGCCAGUGGUCAGACGAGCCCCAAAAAGCCACUAGAGUGGAACUGGACACUGUUCAAGAUGACCUCAGGGUAAGCCCCCACCACAUGAGGACCAGGUCUUUUUAUUGGUGGAUUUUGGAUAGAGAAAACAAUGUCUACUAUUCAACUUUUAACUGUAAAUGGUGGAAUAAACCAGCUUUGAAAUGUC